GAGGUUAAGAGAGAUUAACCUUUAAAUUUUAUCAUUACAAUGGCUACGAGUUAAAAAGGAAGUAUAAAAAAUUAUUUCAACUAGCGAACUGUUGGCUAAGGUUUGUAAAAGACAAUGGCGAAUCGCACGGUUAAAGAUGCGAAGUCGAUAAGGGGAACGAACCCUCAGUAUCUCGUGGAGAAAAUUAUUAGGUCGAGAAUUUACGAUAGUAAAUAUUGGAAAGAAGAAUGCUUUGCCCUCACCGCGGAACUUCUCGUUGAUAAGGCUAUGGAAUUAAGAUUUUUAGGCGGCGUAUUUGGUGGAAAUAUCAAGCCAACGCCAUUCUUAUGCUUGGUAUUAAAAAUGCUUCAGAUUCAGCCUGAGAAGGAUAUUAUUGUCGAAUUCAUCAAAAAUGAGGAAUUCAAGUAUGUUAGAGCCUUAGGUGCAUUUUAUAUGCGCCUAACAGGAACAUCCCUGGAUUGUUAUAGAUAUUUGGAGCCGCUUUUAAACGAUUACCGUAAAUUAAGGAAGCAAAACAGACAAGGCCAAUUCGAAUUGGUUCAUAUGGAUGAGUUUAUCGACGAUCUAUUGAGGGAAGAGAGAACGUGUGAUAUUAUAUUGCCUAGGAUACAAAAAAGAUAUGUACUCGAAGAAAAUAACGAACUUGAGGCUAAAAUAUCGGCCUUGGAGGACGAUAUGGAUGAUAAUCUAGAGAGUUCGGAAGAAGAAGAGAUACCUUCGCCGAUCGAACGUCCAAGAGCGGAUGAUUACGACAGAGACAGAGAUCGAUAUAGGGAUCGGGACAAGAGGCAUUCGCGUUCUGACAAAAAGGAAAGGCUGCGCUCGAGAAGCAGAUCCCGAUCUAGGGAUCGCGAUAGGCGGGAUAGAGAGAGAAAAAGAGAAAAGGAAAGAUACAAGGACCGUAGGGAUAGAGAUCGAGACAGGGAUAGAGAAAGAGAAAGAAGACGAGAUCGCGAUAGGCUUAGGCAUUAAGAUAAUUACUUGUAAAAUAUUUAAAGUAAUUUAAAAAAAAAGAGAGAAAAAAACUAUACAUAAAACUCAUAGACUUUAGUCAUAUUUUUAUCUUAAAUAUUAAUUUAAAUAAAAUUUUUAUUAAACAAUGACACUAUAUU